CCUCUCUCUCUCUCUCCAUGGAGCCUGCAACACCUCCGUAGAGAGAGAGAAUUCUCCUAAGCUCUGGAAGCAGCAAUUAGGACUAAGAAAAUGGUAUCGCCACAUGAACUGGUUGAUGUGCCGCUGGCCGAUCCUUCAGCACAUGAGCUUGAGAGCAUCAUGAUUCACGGCAUGGACAACCGAUCGGUUCAUGAAGCUUCAAUUCCAUUUGUGCAGAAUUCAGCAGCCCCAAAACCUCUGAGAGUCGAACCACAGCGAAGCCUUGCAAGAACUUUGAUGUCCCAGCCCAAGAAGAUCAAGGAGUUGAGACGGUUCUCACCGCGUGCGCCGGUCAGGGAAGCAGUGAGGCAUCCAUUUGGCAGGCGAAUGCGGAGGACGCAGUCUAACGCAGAAUUGGGGCUCAAGAGCCUUCGCUUUCUCGAUAAAACAACGGGCGGGAAGGAGGAUGGAUGGAAGGUGGUGGAGAAGCGGUUCGACCAAUUUGCCGUCAAUGGAAGGCUACCCAAGGAGAAUUUCGGGCGCUGCAUUGGGAUGGCUGAUUCUAAGGAGUUUGCUGGGGAGCUUUUUGCCGCCCUAGCAAGACGGAGGAACCUGGAACCAGAGAAUGGAAUUACACAAGAUGAAUUAAAGGAGUUCUGGGAAGAGAUGACGGACCAAAACUUUGAUUCCCGGCUAGGGAUAUUCUUUGACAUGUGUGACAAGAAUGGGGAUGGAAAACUUACAGAAGAUGAGGUGAAAGAGGUCAUCAUUUUGAGUGCUUCAGCAAACAAACUUGCAAAACUUAAGGGGCAUGCUGCAACCUAUGCUGCUCUCAUAAUGGAGGAACUAGAUCCUGACCAACUUGGCUAUAUUGAGAUCUGGCAGCUUGAAACAUUACUGCGAGGAAUGGUGAGCUCACAGGGAAAUGAGAAGAUAGACAAACGUAGUCAUACCCUUGCGAGAACAAUGAUACCAACGCAGUACAGAAACCCAAUCAACAGAAGUGUCAGGAAGACAGCAGAUUUCAUCCAUGAGAACUGGAAGAGGAUUUGGGUUCUUUCACUAUGGCUGACGCUGAACAUAGUACUAUUUAUAUGGAAAUUUUACCAGUACAGGAGGAGAUCAGCAUAUGAAGUGAUGGGCUAUUGCGUAUGUGUAGCCAAGGGUGCAGCAGAGACCCUGAAACUGAAUAUGGCACUCAUUCUCCUCCCUGUAUGUCGAAACACCCUUACAAGGCUCAGAUCAACUGCUCUCAGUAGAGUCGUCCCAUUUGAUGAUAACAUCAACUUCCACAAGACAAUUGCAUUGGCCAUCACCAUCGGGGCUCUUGCUCAUACAACUGCUCAUGUAGCAUGUGAUUUUCCAAGACUAAUAAAAUGCCCAAAGCCAAAAUUCAUGAGUUUAUUAGGACGAAAUUUCAAUUAUCAGCAACCAACAUAUUUAACUCUAUUAUCCAGUGCUCCAGGGGUCACUGGUGUCCUCAUAGUCAUCAUAAUGGCAUUUUCUUUCACCCUAGCCACACAUUCUUUCAGAAGAAAUGUGGUAAAGUUGCCAUCACCUCUGCACCACUUAGCUGGAUUCAAUGCAUUUUGGUAUGCCCACCAUCUUCUGGUGCUUGCGUAUGUCCUCCUUGUUGUGCAUUCCUACUUCAUUUACCUCACGCGGGAAUGGUACAAGAAGACAACAUGGAUGUAUCUAUCAAUUCCAGUCCUCUUUUAUGCCUGUGAGAGACUAAUCAGAAAAUUUCGUGAGAAAAAUUAUCGUGUGAGCAUUGUUAAGGCAGCAAUAUAUCCAGGCAAUGUCCUUUCAAUACACAUGAAAAAGCCACCAGGUUUCAGAUACAAGAGUGGAAUGUACCUAUUUGUCAAAUGUCCAGAUGUCUCACCCUUCGAAUGGCAUCCCUUCUCUAUCACUUCCGCACCAGGAGAAGACUACUUGAGUGUUCAUAUCCGGACCUUGGGAGACUGGACAACAGCACUCAGGAAUUUAUUUGGAAAGGUUUGUGAGUCUCAAGUUUUGUCUAAGAAGGCUAACCUGGUCAGACUUGAAACAACAGUUGUAGCAGAUGCUCAAAUUGAAGAAACAAGAUUCCCAAAGCUCCUGAUAGAUGGGCCUUACGGUGCACCAGCUCAAAAUUACAAAAAAUAUGAUAUUCUUUUGCUCAUCGGGCUUGGAAUCGGUGCAACUCCAUUUAUCAGCAUACUAAAGGAUCUCCUCAACAAUCUGAAAUCAAAUGAGGAAGUACAGAAUAUAGACAUGGCAGAUGUACCCAACACCAAAGGAAAUGGUCCAGGAAGAGCUUACUUCUAUUGGGUAACAAGGGAACAAGGUUCCUUUGAAUGGUUUAAAGGUGUCAUGAAUGAUGUGGCAGAAAGCGAUCAUAAUGUACUUCACAGAAAAUCUGUUGCUUCCUUUACCCUUCACUCUUCACUUCCAUCUUCCUUUGCAAAUAAACUGGUUAAAAAUGUCUGGUUAUUGCAGAAUGUUAUAGAAAUGCACAACUACUUGACCAGUGUGUAUGAAGAAGGUGAUGCAAGGUCAGCUCUGAUUGCAAUGGUUCAGUCGCUACAACAUGCCAAGAAUGGUGUUGAUAUCGUCUCUGGCAGUCGGAUUCGGACCCAUUUUGCAAGGCCAAACUGGAGGAAAGUGUUCUCAGACUUAGCUAAUGCCCAUAAGUCUUCUCGCAUAGGUGUUUUCUACUGUGGAUCUCCAACACUUACAAAACAACUGAGAGAUCUUUCACAAGAAUUCAGCCACACCACCACAACCCGCUUCCAUUUCCACAAGGAGAAUUUCUAGAAUGGAGCCAAGAAAUAUUGAUGGACAACAUAUACUUGUACAGGAAAUGAAAAGAGAGAGGCAGAAAUAUGACAUGUUUUCUUAGAUAUUCUAUGUACAGAAUUUCUAUUUUUAGCUGUUUUUUUAAUCUUUGCAUCACAUACAUAUAUGGAGAAUAAGUCCAAAGAAGAAGAACUUGAAACGAGUGAGAUUUUCUCUUU